AUGAAUGUGACAACGACCAUAUCGCAAGACUGGUCGGAGGAAUUCGAUUUGGUGGCCGGAGUGAAGACAGCAGAAGAUGACGAACAGGGUACUGCAAAGACCCUUCGAACCACUACCGUAGCUCCUGAAGAUCAUAUCGAUCCCAUAAAAGGGGCAGAAUUGGGCCAAGAAAAUUUAGAUGCUGAAGAAACAAACGAGGUGGGCUCGGACUCGGGGGGAAAAGCUCCUGCGGAUAGCAACUCUGCGAUCAAGGAGACCGUUACACUGGUAGAGGAUGCUGUUCCAGGCUUGCCAACCAAUGGAGAGAGAAAGGCGUCAUCAACCUUGAACACCAGGGAGAUUACCGCAGCUUUGGGAGCGGAGCUGUACGGUAAUGGUCCCCAUUCUCACCUCUUCCAAUAUUUGCUCACGACCAUCUCCAAAUUGGAACUGGAGAGACGAGCUUUGGAACAGCAGUUGUUAAGAAUCUCGGAACCGAAACCUGCCGCUACUAUCGCUGAGGACUCCCACGAUACUCUCGAGAAACCACGGGAAGCCGCUGAGGACCCUCAAGAUAUUUUUGAGAAAUCACAGGAAGCUACAGAUGCUCCAACUACUUAUAUUUGGGAAGUAUUCCAUCGUGUGGCCUAUGGUCAGAGCGACGCUUUUUUCAGGGACAUACCCAGAAAGUUCAAAGGAGACACAGACAGUGACUCUCUUCGAGGUCGAGAUGAAACCGAAAACAUGUUGGAAUACAUGAAGCGUCACCCUUCAACCGCCUUCGCCGUCAUCUAUCACUACUCAACUAGGGAUUACACUGGAAGAAAAGCAGGCGUGGUCUCUGGAAGGAUGAUCCAAGAUGGCCCGCCUGCAAAGAGCCACGGUCAAUACAUUCAGCUUGCAGAGCAGACAAAAGACGCCAUCAAAGCCAUUAUUACUGAGCAUCCCGAAGAAUUCAAAGGCUUUACUUCGGAGAACGACUUUCCGCUCCCGAUCACCCAACCAUACUGGAUAUUCUAUCUCUACAACCAGGCUUUCCUCAGGCUUCGCAGUUGUUCUGGAUUAGAAGAGAACGACCAAAACCGGAUGAAGCUUCUCUGUGAUUGGUUUGAGGAGAAUUGGAGAUCGGAUUGGGAUGAAGCAAACGCUCUUCUUGGCAGGGGGAAAAUCAACAGAAAACACUACAGCAAGCUUUUCAGACCAGGUGAUAUUUGGAUCAGCAAAGAUGACGACGGAUCAAUCAAAGCCGAAAAGUUGGAACCGUUCCCCUGGUCAGAUGUCCGAGGGCAGAAAGCAGAUGCUAUUGGAUGGUGUUUCAACGGAUCAUUUGUCAAAGAGCAGUGGGAUUAUUGGACACAUGACGAGAUCUACAUCAUCCCAACAGGCAAAGAAGAAGUAGAUAUCACCUCUCUUUCAGGAUACCCCAUACGUUUCGCAGAGAGCGGGACAUACGAAAAACUUGUCUCCCGAGGCGAGAAGUUCUGGCAAUGUCGAAAGAAGAAGUUGAUCUCGUUCCAAGAGGAAGGGGAUCCUAUCGACGACGAGGUUCGCUACAUGGUGGACUAUCAAAUGCUGAAACGCAUGCAUCCAAAGAAAGCCAUUUUCCAGUAUAAGGGGGAUGACUUAGGAGAAGAGGCCAUGAACGCAAAAAAUCCUCCAGAUGAUGACUUUCUUGCCCUCCUCCCAUCUCACAUUCAUGCAUUCAGCUUGCAGAGGAAGCACUGGUUUAUACUCAUCGAUGAGGCCGAUGUGUUCAUCGAAGAGAGGAAUUUUGCUGACAUGAAGAGAAACGCCCUCAUCUCAGUGUUCCUACGUGCCAUGGAGUAUUUUAACGGGAUCCUCAUAUUGACGACUAACCGCGUCGGUACGUUUGACGCGGCCUUCAAGUCUCGCAUCCAGCUGGCACUCCGUUAUCGGCCCUUGGAUCAAGACCAGCGCAGGCGAGUAUGGAGCAAUUUCUUCCGAAUGCUGCGGAACACUAAGGAGCGCGUUGACCUGGAUGACUUGGAGAUGAAUGUUGAAAAGUUGGCCCGGAUCGACAUGAACGGCAGGCAAAUUCGGAACGCCGUCACCACGGCGCGGCAUCUUGCAAAGUUCCGGAAAGAAAGGCUAGUUUAUGGGCAUAUUCAGGACGCUGUCGAAACUGUGACGGAUUUUGAUAAGUAUCUGGAUACGGUCAGGGGUGUACUUGAAGAGAGAUGGGCACGCGAAGACAGAUUGAGAUAG